UGGUUAGUAAAACCGCAAUCGCUACCUCCUUUCUCACAUUAACACUUCGGACUCGGUUUAAUAAGAAAAGUACUGCAGUCCUGUUAAGUAGGGAAACCGGUGUACUUUUAUAAUGAUAAUAUAAACAGUAGUUUCUUAAAACACAUACAAAUAAGUAAGUUUCCAUUUGAGAAAAAUGCCUUCACGAGGUUCUUAUCAAGUUACUAGUAAGGAAGAAGGCGAAGCAGCAGAACGAGAUCAAUCUUACAGAAGUUGCGUUCUAGCAUUAGUAAUAUUUUUCUUCUUAUGUAUUCUUCUCAUCAUCGUCAGUUUACCAUGGAAACAUCAUACCCACCAUUAUGAACACCAAGAUGAAUAUUUGAGGAAAACACAGGUAAGUUUCUUAAAACAACAUCAACAGGGCCACGAGCGUCGCCCAGAAGGAACGACAACCACAACGGAAUCGGUUAAACAUUAUUUAGACAAUCAUACUUUUUCGUAUGAACCGGAAGAUCUAAAUACAACAACUUCAAAAUUUGAAGUAUCUACCCAAAACUAUAAUGUAACAAGUGUUACAAGCAUAAUAAAUAGCUCGUCUGAAUUUGAGAAGCCUUUAUACAAUGAAAGUACUACAGAACGAGAAAUAUCAACAUUGCCAGUAACCGACGUACAAUUGUACGAAGAGUCUUCCACGACUGAGACGAUCUCAUUAUUCGAGAACUUUAAUUCUACAGAAACUACUUCUUCGAGUUUAACUACAGAAGGGUACAGCGAGAAAAAUAUUAAUGAAUCUGAAAUCUAUACCACGCAACCCUCCACGUCGACGGAUUCAAAUAUUGUUAGCGAACAGACUUCUUCAGAUAUGUAUGAAACUACAACGGGUAGCGUUAUCAUGUCGACAACUGACAGUGAAGAAACAACUCGAAUUGAAACUACUACCGAUUAUGUCUUAAAUGCAACAACCGAUUAUACAACGAUAAGUACAUUGGGAGGUAGUAUUACAGGAAGACCUACAACCACGACUUCUGAGUAUCGACUUAAGAGACAAGUUUGCACAACAGGCGAAUGUAAAAAUAUAGCCAGCAAAAUGCUAUUUUACAUGAAUCACACGGCCGAUCCGUGUGACGAUUUUUACGAAUAUGCUUGCGGUGGUUUUGAAGCAAAUCCACAGACUAUUCAAAUGAAUUUGGAAAAUGCAGCUUAUCAGCGUAUAUUACGACAAUCGCAGAAGGACGUAAACAGUACUCCAUCCUACCUUUUCACCAAGUAUUACAACAGUUGCAUGCAAUACGAAAACAUCAAUUUAACAGAAAGGACAAAACUGGCGAGGGGAGUGUUAGACAGGGUUGGAAAGUUUUACACUAUCGACAGUUGGGCCAAAAAUCAUACAAACUUCACCGAGCUCGUUGCCAGAUUACUUCUACACGACAGCGCUUUGUUGUUCGACAUUUCACCGGACAUCGACGAAUUUUCCUCGAAACAGUUCACCCUUAAGAUAGGCCCUACAACGUACAAAAGUCACUUCGACGUAGAGGAAACGGAGGAUCCCUGUUACACAAAUCAAUACGAAAGAGACCAAGAGACGGUUGAUUUAGGGGAACUGUACAAAGAAUACAAAACGUGUAAAAACAAUACAAAAAAAUUUAUAAAAUCCAUCACGGAAGCCUUGAUAGCACUCGACGUUUUCAGCGAGUUGGACAAUCCGUACAACAUCACUCAAUACGUACAUACUACGGUUAUCAACAUUGAUUUCGAAAUCGUGCAGAAUUUUUUUACGAAUUAUCCGUCUAAAGAUAAGAUUCGUGAGGCGUAUCUGAUGAAAAAUUACACCCGCGUUUCAAUUGAAAAUCUGCAAGCAGCCACAAGUGUCGUUGAUUGGACGCAUCUGAUUUACGUGUUAACGAAGGCAAAAGUUCUACCGAAUGCAUAUGUGCAGGUUUACUUCUACGAUGCUCUGAUUACAGGAUUAAAAAAUCUUGCGGAGUUUGAAGCUAGAGACGCAGCACAAUUAAACAAUGCAUUGUUAGGAUUGUAUGCGCACAAUCUUUAUCACAAGCUAGUUUUAUCAAAGCAUACAAAUCCUAAGGAACACUGUCUUCGGAUAGUGUCUAAUGUUCUAGUUCCGGAAGCUUCAAACUUGUAUGUUUCUUCAUUUUCAAAUGAAGAACUCCUACACAUGAAUACGACUAUACAUAGUCUCUUCGAGGAACUGAAAGAAACGCUGAAAUCAAAAGUAAAUGAGGCAGAAUGGGUGGUAGAAGGAGGACGUAACGAGUUGAUUGCAAAAAUAAAUGACCUGAAAGUGACCGUACCGGAUGUAUCGUAUUUUACUGAUAGCGCAUCGACUUACAGAAAAACUCACGCAAACGAGGUAAAUCUGUCGGACAAUUACUUCGAGAACUCUGUGACUUUAAUGCAAAGAUAUCGAGUGCAGAUAUAUACGGAAUUAUUUAAAAAUUCAGGUGAUCCUGAACAAAUUUGGACGCAUUACGCAACACCAUUCCAAUCUAAAGGGCUUGCAAUUUACAUACUAAAUCUUGUUGUGAUACCGUACGGUGUUAUCGACUGGUCCAUAAAAUACGACAAACCCUCGUUUGAUUACAUAAGACUGGCAACACUUGGCAACGUUCUAGCGCACCAAAUUGCCCAUCAUUUCGACGCAAAUGGUAUCUAUUAUUGGAAUGGAACUCGCGAUACGGAGUAUUCUCUAUUAAAUGGCAAUGACUAUACGAACUCGAAUUUCAAGGAUUACAUUCGUUGUCAACAGGAUGAACUCUAUGGAAGUCCUAUAACAAUGACGUUACCAUCCACAGGACAGACCGUGUCUUGCGAGAUUUCGCAAUUGUCGCUAAAUGAACGUUUAUCCGAGACAAUGGGACUUAGAUUAGCGUACGAUACUUUGGAUCGAUUGAGAUCGCGUGAGGAAGUUCAUCUUCCAUGGCUUGAACUUGAUUCUGAUCAGUUAUUCUAUCUCACCUAUGCUCAGAUGCACUGCACGAAGUCGUCACUUACGUCUUCGUAUGUAUCUCUGUACGAGGACGAGCAGUUACCGAGUCGCAUUCGCAUCUUUGUUUCUGCGUCUAACAAUAGGCUCCUAGGCGACGCUUGGAAGUGUCCAGAGGGUUCAGGGAUAAUUCCCAGUUAUACUUGCAGCGUAUUUCCAUAUCUUCCGUCAAGCGAUGUAACCGGAGUAACUCUGAUGCGUAAAUGA